AUGUUGCCAUUAGAUCAGAAGGGAACUACAAAGACAGGUAAUCAUCGGAAACCAUAUGUCCCUUUACGACGACAGUAUCGAAGAGUUCGGAUACGUAUGGAUGGACGCCUCCGUCACUGUCUCACUGUGUUAUUGCUUUUCACUGUGAUAGCAGUGAGUAUAUUCCAAGCAAGUGGCAUAAUUGCCGGAAACAAAUCAUCAUUGUCACUUGAGACCCUCAGUGGCUACAAACCCUCUUCUCUUUUCAUUCUCUAUCUCCUCCGUUUAUUGACUUUAAUACCUCUGCCAUUGACUUUAUUUAACUUUGCUGGUAUCAUCUCGUUCAACACAUUCCCACGAAAGCCAAAACUCCGCGGGUCCACACUCUUUGGUCCAUUCAUCUGUUUCCGUGUUGUAACUAAGGGCCUUUAUCCAAAACUGGUACGUGAUAAUGUCACCAAAAAUUUAGAAGUGUGUCGUCGUCUUGGUUUUGACAACUAUGUCUUUGAAGUAGUCACUGAUGAGACAAUUCACCUGCCCAAAUUGCCUUGUGUCCGGGAAGUGGUUGUACCUGAUGACUACUGCAGCUCAAAAGGAACUCUCUACAAGGCACGAGCAUUGAACUACUGUCUCGAGGAAGGUGUUAACUAUUUGAAUGAUGGUGAUUGGAUUGUUCAUCUUGAUGAGGAAACAUUACUGACUGAGUCAUCUGUAAUUGGAGUAAUCAAUUUCAUCAAUGAGGGGAAACAUGAUUUUGGGCAGGGUGUUAUCACAUAUGCUGAUGGGGAGAUUGUCAACUGGUUGACCACCCUCUCUGAUAUGGUACGGGUUGGCAUGGAUUAUGGAAUGCUGCGUUUUUGUCUCAAGUUCUUGCAUAAGCCUGUCUUCAGCUGGAAAGGUUCUUUCAUUGUGUCAAAUGCUGGAGUAGAGAGAAAAAUUACUUAUGAUUUUGGUCCUGAAGGAAGCAUUGCCGAGGAUUGUUUCUUUGCUUUGUCAGCCUGGCGUGAUGGAUACAGCUUUGGUUUUGUAGAGGGUGACAUGCAUGAAAAGAGCACAUUCUCUCUUAUGGACUACAUCAAACAGCGCAAACGAUGGGUGUCCAUUUACUGGUUCAAAGUUUAUUAUCUGUGCUAUAUCUAUCUAUAUGCUAUAUGUCUAUCCAUUUAA